UCAGCAGUUCAGCACUGAACUAGGUUUAACAUCUUCCUUCUCAGAAUCCCUAUUUCCUAUUUCCCAUUUCCCAAUUUUCUCCCUCCCGCCACCGCCAUGGCUCUCUACCGUCUCCUCGUCCGCUCCUUCCGCCGCACCACAGCCGCUAUUACCACUAACACUACCACCACUCCUCACUCCUACCUCCCUACUCUCCAACCUCACCCCUCAUUCUCUCUCCUCCACCUCCGCACCCUUGCCUUUUCCUCCGCGGAAGAAGCGGCAGCAGAACGGCGCCGCCGUAAGCGCCGUCUCCGCAUUGAACCUCCUCUCCACGCCCUCCGGCGAGACCCCAACGCCCCUCGUCCUCCCCCUGACCCCAACGCUCGCCGUCAACCCGAUACCACCUCCUCCCUCACCGGUCCCCGCCUCAACCUCCACAAUCGUGUUCAAUCACUUAUUCGCGCUGGCGACCUUGACAAUGCCUCCGUCCUCGCCCGCCAAGCUGUCUUCUCCCGUACCCGGCCCACCGUGUUCACCUGCAAUGCCAUUAUCGCCUCCAUGUAUAGAGCUCAGAGGUAUGACGAAGCUGUCUCACUCUUUGAGUUCUUCUUUAAGCAGUCCAAUAUUGUACCAAACAUUGUUUCAUACAAUUUUUUGAUUGUUAGUCACUGUGAAUGUAAAAGGGUUGAUGUUGGUCUUGAGAUUUAUAAGCUUAUUUUAGCUCAGGCACCAUUUAGCCCUUCCUCUGUUACUUUUAGGCAUUUGACUAAAGGGUUAAUUGAUGUUGGGAGGAUUGGGGAAGCUGUUGAUCUUCUUAGGGAGAUGCUGAAUAAGGGGUUAGGUGCUGAUUCGAUUGUUUAUAACAAUUUGAUUAAAGGAUUUUUGGAUUUGGAUGAUUUUGGUAAGGCCAAUGAAUUUUUUGACGAGCUUAAAGAGAGGUGUCUUGUGUAUGAUGGUGUUGUGAACGCCACGUUUAUGGAGUGGUUCUUUAAUAAGGGAAGAGGGAAGGAGGCUAUGGAAUCAUAUAGGAAUUUGCUUGAUCUUCAGUUUAAGAUGACACCUGCAACUUGUAAUGUGCUGCUUGAGGUGUUGAUUAGGUUUGGGAAGAAGAAAGAGGCAUGGGAGUUGUUUGAUUCGAUGCUAGAUAGACAUACUCCACCGAAUUUCCAGGCUGUGAAUUCGGAUUCUUUUAAUGUGAUGGUGAAUGAGUGUUUUAAAGAGGGGAAAUUUGAAAAGGCUGUUAUCACUUUUAAGAAGGUUGGAACCAAGAUGGGGUCUAGGCAGUUUGCCAUGGAUGUAGCUGGUUAUAACAACAUCAUUGUGAGGUUUGCUGAGCAUGGGAUGAUUGAGAAGGCGGAGGAGUUCUUUACAGAGUUAAAGUCGAAAUCAUUGAGCCCGGAUGUCACUGGUUAUAGAACACUGAUUGAUGCUUAUCUUAAGGAGCAAAGGAUUGAUGAUGCCCUAAGCAUGUUUGAGCAGAUGGUUGAUGCAAAUUUAAGAGUGAUUACGGCGUAUGCAGAUAGAUGGUUUACUGAACUAAUUCAGAAUAACAAAGUAGUAGAAUGUUCACAAGUCUUGACAAAAAUGGCGGAAAGGGAUCCAAAACCCGACCCGUCUACUUAUGAAAUCGUCAUCAAGGGCCUGUGUGGUGGUGGUGCAUUUGACGCGUGUGUUAAUAUUGUUGGUCAGGUCAUACGGUCUGGUGUUGGUGUCACUCCUUCAAUUCGGGAGUUUCUGUUAGAAGUUUUUGAAAAGGAGGGACGGAGAGAUGAAAUGGAAAGGCUCCUGGAUGAGAAGAGGCAGGGGAAUUGGCAGCAACCUUAUUCCCAGGCUUCAAGGCCUGCUGGGCCAACAGGGCCCGGACAAUCUUUACAACCAUCUGGACCUUCUGGGUUCAGCCCACCAACUGGAUUUUCAGGGUCUGCUGGACCAACAGGGUCUUAUGGAAAUCCUGGACCAACCGGGCCUCCACAGCAAAGAGGAUAUUGGCAGGGAAAUUGGCAGCAACCUUACUCCCAGCCUUCGGGCCCUGCUGGACCAACGGGACCCGUACAACCUUCACAACUACCUGGACCUUCUGGGUUUAGGUCACCGACUGGAUUUUCAGGGCCUGUUGCAUCAACAGAGUAUUCAGGAAAUUCUGGACCAACCGGACCUCCGCAGCAAGGAGGACAAUGGCAGGGAAAUUGGCAGCAACCUCGGGAGCAUUUGGGCCCUGUUGGACCAAUAGGACCCGAACAACCUUCACAACCAGCUGGACCUUCUGGGUUUAGGACACGAACUGGAUUUUGACCAACAGGAUCUUCACGAUUCCUGUACCAACCGCACCGGAGUAAAGGGGACAUUACAAGCCUAUCCAUUUGCUGGUAGCAGUGAUGGAUGGAAGAUGCAAAAACACUAAUUGAUAUCAUGGCCCAAAAUUGUUGCGAGCCUAAUAUCGUGAGUUUCAGUACUGUGAUAAUGGAUGACCAGGCCCUGAAAAUUUCCGAAGAAAUAUCUCAGAGACUCCUAAUGCUGUUACCUAUACCACUCUUAUUGAUGGACUAUGCAAAGGCAGUAGAUUUAAACUUGCAUAUGAGUUGUUCGCAGAAAUGGGAGUUUGUGGAAAUUCUCCAGGUGUUUUCACGUAUGCUUCAUUGCUUGAUGGACUAUGCAAAAGUGCACGGCCUGAUUAGGCAGUGGCAUUACUUGAAAAUAUGGAGGAUAAUGGUGUUAAGCAUACUAUGUUUGUCUACGGUAUUUUAAGAGACGGUUUAUGUGACUAAUGUGAGACUUGGCUACUUGAAGAUGCAUCAUUUUUUUCUCUGAUCUUGUAUUGAAGGGUCUGCAACCUACCCUUGUAAUGUACACAAAUGAUUAAAAGCUUCUGUAAGGAAGGGUUCAUGAGCGAAUCUAUUCAAUUACUGAGGAUAAUGGAGGAAGACAAUUGUCCCCCUAGUGUGGUUACCUAUGAUACGAUCAUCAGAGGGUAUUUUCUCAAUAAAGACUUAUGAAAUGCAUUAUACUACUGUGACUUUAUGGGAAGCAAGGUUUUCGAAGCUAAUGCUGAAACUCUUUCGUUACAUGUUGGCCUAAUUUCUUCUGAUAAUUUAAGUGACUCAGACAAGGACCUUCUUGCAAAGUUCAUCAAGUGACCUGAAUAAGAUAAUUGCAAGUUUGCAACCUUGAUGAGAUUUUGGAGAUAUGACAAACAAGAAUUCUGGUACGGGUAUCUGAGUAAAAUUCAAUAUGAGCCUUGUGAGGAGUCAAUGUGUCAGAGACUUGCUUUAUUUAUUCUGUACAUAGUCUCUUGUCUGUGAUUCCUUGUUGCACCAUCUAGCCUUCUUAUUUUUGUCACAGAUAUCUCAAGUGUGAUAACAUCUUUUUAAUCAAAACUCAGGCAAGAGUUAAAAUCGAAGAUCUUGACUUGCAGCGAUGCUUUAACAAUGCAAUACUGGCUACAGCUCAUACUGCAGGUACACCUGCGUUUGUGUAGCCUAAGAUUUCGGGAUGUGCUUGCUUCAGAUGGUCCUUCGGGAAUUCUCAUGUAGCGAGUGCACUAAUUCAGGUCUAGCUUUGGAAUAAAGCCUACUGCCCUUGGAAAAGUGACUGACUACUGGUGAAGUAGUUUUUUGAGAAGAGUUUGGGUCCCGUAUCAUAGAUAUUGCCAGCAAUUGAUCUCUUGUAUGACCUGUUCCUUGAUCUGAGUGAUUCUGGAUAGCCUUCAUCAUCUAGUUCUCCCAUUCUGAGAUCAGAAUCUGUGGGUUUGUCUUUACUUAGUAGUUAGUACCCAUGAUCUGAUGGCUAGUUCACCUGCUGGUUCUGUCAACCUACUGAAGUUUUUUGUCAGUGAGACGAAAUAUUCAAGUUACAAGGGAAGUUGUUGAAGGAUAAUGACUUGGUACUGGUGAUUUAUGGAUCUGUGACGUCGGGGUUCAUGCAAAGAAGAUUGAGUUGUCUUCUUGAAAGUGAUACAACUCAGUCAGUUACGGAAGAGAUGGCAAAGGUGUUUGAGUUGUUAGCUGAAGAUGCAGCAAUAUUAACUCUGCGUAUGGAUGAUGAAUUGGUUACAAAUUUUUUGCCUGGGUAUGUGUAGUUUGGUUGAUGCAGUCUUGUAGAGGCAGAAGAUAGGCCAGACAUUAUUCAUCCUCGAGAAUGAUGCCAGUCAACAUAAUAAUAAGGCUCCACAAACCUGCAACUGUCGGAUUCCAUAGAACUUCCUGCUGUUGGAAUAUCAGGUGAAUAUGAUAAUCAUCCUGCUGGUAAAUCAUUGCUUGCUGAUUUGAAGUGUAAACACUGAAGACUCAAGUGGAAGUGAAUGUUAUCAUAUGAGUAUGUUCGGCUUAUCUGCUCUGACAUUGUCAAAUAGAUGGCAAGACAAACAAGAUUAUACAGAAAAUAUGAGACGAGGCAACAAAAACUUUAGUAAUGAUGUAAGCCUAGGCAUUUCCAAGAUGUUUGAGGGAGCUUAUUUGUCGGAACAGAUUGUAGGUAAAUUUUUUGAGCAUCUCUGAAGACAUGAAUUGUACCAAAGAUGGAGCCUGUGACAAUAUAUCUCUUCUCAGAUUUCAAAAAAGCUACUGAGCCGGUCCAAUGCCAAGAUAUUGAUACUGACCUUUACUUCUCUAUAUGAUGUUCUAUCAAAUUGCAGGGAGUUGCGUCAGUUUUUCCGAGAGACUUUGGCUUCAUUAAAAUGGACUGCAAUCAAUUAGCUGAUGCAUUAGCAAAGAAGUUAUGCAGAGACUUUAAGGUCAAUCUUAUUAAUAAUUGUAUCAGCUAGCUAAGGUUUGAAAAAUGCAGAAGCUUUUGGUCUCAGCUUCAGAGUCAAAUAAGGAAAAUGCAUGAUACACAAAACCGAAGAGCAAAUGAGCUGUGGCAAGGCCGUCCUGGAUGGAUCUGUGAGGUUGAGUACAAGUAAGCUAUCAGCUCGGUCAUCUGAAUGAGGGAAGCGAAUGUGAGUAUCCACAUAGUGAAUAUGCUCGGAUGAACCCGACAGAUUGUAUUUACUGGAUGAAUGGAAACUGCUUGAAUCCAAAAUGCUCAUCUAGGCAUCCUUUAGAUGGUUUGGUGGGAUCUCAAGUUGAUGGGUCGUCUGCUUUUGUACCGCGUGGCCCAUCUGUUCUUUCAGCUCCUCAGAAUCCAACUGAGCAAGUGAGCAAGGAGUCCCCUGCAUUUUCUUUCAGAAGGGAUCUAUUACUAUAUACUAAAAGAGACACCAGGAAUGACACAUGUCAUUUCCUGGUUCGAUUUUUUCCCGCCAGAAUGUUUUUUUUUAUUUUUUUACUUUAAAAUAAGUAAAUGACAUUACGUUUUUUUAGGAAACUAAGAUAAAAAUAUAUUUUAAUUACCAUAGAUGUGUACUGCAUAAUAUAUUAUUGGAGGAAAGCUAAAUCAAUAUUAUUUUUUCCUUUAUGAUAUAAUUUUAUUUAUGCAUUAUUAUAACUUUUUAAUCUGAUAAGAAAUAUAAAAAAUAUUGAUAAAUGAACUUCUAAUGUUAGUCUACUAUUAAUAAUAUAAUACGGAGUACAUGGUAACUGAUAAGUAAGAAUGUUAAUUAAAAUAAUAAUACAUGGUAAGUAGACUAACAUAUAAGUUUAUUUAUCAAGAUUUUACUCAAUUCAAAAUAUGUUGUAUUUGACUAACUCGGUUAUGCUCGGGUCUUUUUCGAAAAUUAGUCUUGAGUCAUUCUGGUUUGGUUAACGUUGUUAGAUCGUUCUACAUACAAGUAAACGACUAUUAUUUUUAACUUUGUAUAAUAAUAUGCAAAUUUAGUUCAUUUGAAUUUUUUUUUUACACAACUUUGAAUUUAUACUUUUUCAUAUAUCCUUUCACUUUCAUGUUUUCCUAAUAUCACAAGUCUUUUAGUUACUAUUAAAAUAAUAAAUUGUUUUAGUAGUAGCCGUGCGUUGCACGGGCCCUAAACUAGUAUUGCUUAAAAGUUGACAGAUGUCCUUUCGUGCAUGGUCCAAAUCUUCCUACUACAAAGAUUCAAAAGGUUCCAGCCAGCACUGCUACCCCUGGAGCUCCUGCUUUCAAGAAAGCUUUUGGUAGCCUUGAAAAGUGUACACAGCCAAAAACGAAUUUCCAGACAAAUAAACCUAAUGUUGCUGAAAAGCUGCCCCAAGCUCAUUGAAGUGAGAACCUUUCUCUGUCAUUAAGGACUUUCUGCAAUGAGCUAAAAGCUAAAGAACCUCAGUCACAGAGAAAGCGGAGUAAAAUUUCCAGGAAGGAGGCCAAAUUAAGCUACAACAAGUGCACUUGAGAUUGCUGACCUCUGAGAUCAGGAUUGAGAUCAAGUACCAAGAAAUGCCUGUUGGUGGAUCUGCUAUUGAUCUCAUCGGAGUCCCAUUGCCAGAGGAGACCAAUCUGAUGAUGUACCUCUUGGAGCUACUGUCAUUAGUUGUCGAGAGUUUGAUUGAUUCUAACAGCAAUAACAAU